GCCAAUAUCACACUUAUCAUAGUGCGGCCGUUGGUAAAAACAUAGCGAUUUAUUUUAGUCAAUAUACCGUGGCAAAUGGUGUCAAGCUUGUGGAUAUAACAAUGAGAUGUUCGGCACGCCAGAAAGAAAUGGCGAAACAAAAUAAUUCAACAACUAUUGAACAGCGAAUGGAUGAAUGUCGUGAGUUUAUACCUGAUUUUCUUUUAACUAGUAAUCCUCUUGAAUAUUUAAGUACUUCAGAGAACACUCGAUGUAAAGUAUGAUUAUGAAGCUGGAAAUUUUAGAAAGUCCUGAUUAACUUACAAAUAUAGUGCCUUUCUGUCCUUUAUGUACUGGAUAUGGGUAAAUUACUCUUUGCCUACGUACCCGACUCAUCUGUAUUGCUGAAGGCUUGGCUAUCGAAACAGAAAAGCCAGAUCUCUGUGUACAGAAAAAGUUCGUUCAACCCCUCCAACUCUCAUCGUUUCAAUCCCUCAAUGCUAAAAUAUGGUAAUCCCCAAUCAUAUUUUAGUCGUACCAAUUUUUCAUUUUUUUUCAUUUUGUCUAUUCAAUUUGUAUACUGUUCCUUUAUUACGUCAAUUGCUAGUUAGUUUUACUAUUCUCACUUUGAACUGUCCCCAGUAUUAUUUCACUUGUCCCACUUGUCAUUCUAAAUCAAUUC